GCGAGAAGAGCAGUAUGAAAUGCUUUCCUCCAUUGACAAAAGCUCACUCUAACCAGUCUCACUCUUUCCCUUUUGUUGUAAUUAGCAACGGAAAAACCGAAGCAAUGAGCGAUUAGCAAAUGGCAGUAGCAACACCCAGUAAUUCAUCCCCCCAAAAGAGCCGUUACGCCUUCAUCGUUAUCAUAUUCAUCACCUUCUUCCUCUUCACCGUUUUCGUCUUCACCAAACGAGCCCUUGAGCCCUCUCUCUUCCUCUACAAGAAUCACUUUACCCAAAUCCCAUUUUCUUCUUCUUCAACUAACAAUACCCUCAUCUCUUUGUCCCAAUCCAACUCUGCACCAAUACUAGACCCACCUUCUUCUUUGCUCCAAUCCACCUCUAUAACACCACCAACCCAAGAACCCAGUUCACAAAGUGAGUCCAAUGAUGAAAACGUGCAAGACCCAGAUCGUGAAAAUGAAAAUGUGCAAGACCCAGAUGGUGGAAAUGAGAGCUCAGACCUGAAGGAGUCCAGUGACCAAAAUGGUGGUGAAAAUGAGAACCCAGAUGUUGAAACGGGUGAAAUUCCGUGUGAUUUGUAUGCUGGAACUUGGGUGAGAGAUGAGCAAUACCCGCUUUAUAAACCGGGUUCAUGCCCUCAUGUUGAUGAAGCUUUUGAUUGCCAGAGCAAUGGGAGGGGCGACUCUGAGUAUCUAAAAUGGCGGUGGAAACCUGAUGGCUGUGACCUUCCAAGGUUUAAUGCAACAGACUUUUUGGUGAGGCUACGGGGUAAAAGGUUGAUGCUUGUAGGGGAUUCCAUGAAUCGGAACCAGUUUGAGUCAAUAUUAUGCCUCCUCCGAGAAGGCUUGCAUAAUAAGAGCAGAAUGUAUGAGAUCCAUGGCCACAAAAUAUCCAAGGGAAGAGGCUAUUUUUCUUUCAAAUUCCAGGACUAUGACUGUACGGUGGAUUUUGUGUUAUCACAUUUCCUUGUGAAAGAAGGAGUCCGAUUUGAUGAGAAAAGGAGGUCAAAUCCAACUCUAUCGAUUGAUCAAAUUGACAGAAAAGCUAAACGUUGGAUGAAGGCUGACAUUCUAGUCUUUAAUACUGGACAUUGGUGGGCUCAUGGAAAGACUGCUCGCGGGAAAAACUACUACAAAGAAGGAGAUUAUCUCUAUCCACAUUUUGAUGUAACUGAGGCCUUUAGACGGGCCCUGAAGACCUGGGCUAGCUGGGUUGACCUUAAUGUGAAUCCAAAAAAGCAGUUGAUCUUCUAUCGUGGCUACUCGUCUUCACAUUUCAGAGGUGGAGAUUGGGAUUCAGGUGGGUCAUGCAAAGGGGAAAAAGAACCAGCCUUCUCUGGGGCCUUACUGGAUAGCUACCCUUUGAAAAUGAAGAUAGUGGAUGAAGUAAUCAAAGAAAUGAAGGUUCCGGUGAUACUAUUGAAUGUGACAAGGUUGACCAAUUUCCGCAAGGAUGGCCAUCCAUCAAUCUGGGGUAAGAAAGGUUCCUCCAGGAAGCAAGACUGCAGCCAUUGGUGUGUUCCUGGAGUCCCUGAUGCAUGGAAUGAGCUCAUCUAUUCCACUCUGGUUUUCCAGCAGACCAAAUCAAAGAGUAAAGUAUAGUAGGCUCUUCCUAUAUUUUAAGAAAAAGGUUUUCCAGUCAUGUGUUCAUACAUACCACGCCCCGACCAAAGUAAUGAGAAAUUUUCAAGAGA